AUGUCUUUCUUGGUCCAACCUAUAGCAGAAAAAAACGUUGAUGCUUUCGAAGGGGUCUCCAUUCAUGGAACGGUUAUGUGCGGAUCGCCUUUCGCUGAGCAGUUGCCCGAUUUAGCUGAUCGAUAUCUCGCUCACAGUAGCGUAGCUACUUUGCUAAGCUCUAAAUCCUCGUGCGUGGCUACUCCUUCUCAGCCCUUCCGGGCCAGCCUUACGGGGCUGAGGUUGGGAUCUCAAUCGAAUCUCGUAUUGCGAGGUUCGGCGCAAGAAUCAAAGCAUUUCCUUUUGGCAAGAUCAGACCUAGAAAUUCAGACCGUUCGCCUUUUCAUCGCUUUGGCCGCAAGCCAGUGUAGGCUCUAUUCGCAUAGGCUCGGGUCGGUAACUAAAUAUAGAGAGAAGAAAAGCCUUAGGUUGACCAAGGAUAGGAAAUCGACUCUAUCUACUGAUGCGGGAAAGGUUGUUGAGAAGGGGACAUGUGAUCAAUUUUUUCUCCUUUCUAACCGAUCCAUUGCGUGUCACGUCGCCCUAUCCAUAGAGGAAGAAGGCAUAUGCUCAAGUCUCAAAUCUUUCCUACCAAUCGAUCGUAUAGUCAAGCUUGAGUGCCUCCCUUUUUGA